CAAAUGAUUAUUAAAAAUUCUGAAUAAUGUUUCCGGGUUAACUUGAAAAGUAUGGAGUCAGCCGAGAUUUGGUGUAUCUAGCAGCGCCCAAGUAUGCCGGUGGAAUUGCGGGUGCAAAUUGUCUAAGGAGUCAUGUCCUCAGUUCCCGACAAAACCUACAGCUAUUCUCUGAACUAUCAGUGGAACACUGGUGAAUUACUCGGACGAGGGGCCACAGCUGUAGUAUACAAAGCUAGAAACAAGACAUCGGGGGAGGUGUUUGCUGUGAAGGUGUUCCACGACCGCGUGUCCGCUUUCCAUUCCUCUGUUCCUGAGCGGGAACUCGAACUUCUACUGAAAAUGAAGCACCGCAACAUCAUCGGCAUACUUGGGCGAGAAAAGGAGGUUAAUACUGGAAAUGAUGUCAUUAUAAUGGAAUAUUGCUCAGGUGGAAGUCUUUAUGCAAUGUUAGAUAAACCAAAGUAUUCAUUUGGAUUUCCAGAGGAAGAGUUUCUCAUUGUCCUACAUGACAUCAGUGAUGGUAUCCAAUACCUCCGAAAAAUGCAGAUAACUCACAGAGAUAUAAAACCUGGAAAUAUCAUGCGCAAAAUAGACGAAAAUGGAAAAUCAGUAUACAAGCUAACAGACUUUGGAGCAGCUAGAAAUUUAGAAGAAGAGGAAACAUUUACAUCUAUAUAUGGAACAGAGGAAUAUUUAGACCCAAACAUGUAUGAGCGUGCUGUUUUAAGAUUGUCAACUGGAAAUGUAUACGAUGCUGAUGUAGAUCUAUGGAGUUUAGGUGUAACUAUAUAUCACGUAGCCACUGGUUCUCUUCCUUUUCAACCUUAUGGAGGAAGAAGUAAUUCUAAAACUAUGCAUUAUAUCACUACUCAGAAGAAGUCUGGUGUAAUAUCAGGUAUACAGCGAACGGAAGGUGGGGACAUAGAGUGGCAAACGGAACUUCCCAGGACGUCUUAUUUAUCUUCCUCACUUAAGUCUUUAAUUACGCCAAUAAUAGCUGGACUGUUGGAAAGUAAUCUAAAUAAACGAUGGAGCUUUGAUAGAUUUUUUGAUGCAACUGAUGAAAUAAUGAAUAAAAUCACAGUAAAAGUAUUUGAUUGCUCAACUGGAUUAAACGACAAAAUAUACAUCGACAAAACAGAUAGGUAUGCCAAGUUUCAAGAGCGAUUGGCAAUAACUACAGAUAUAGCUGCAGGAGAGCAACUUAUUUUAUUCCAUAACCGUGAAUUGAGUGAAAUUAUUGAAGGGACCUUAGAGGUGCAAAAUUGGCCCAAAAACAUAUUACGUGGACAAUUGUAUUUAUAUCAAAGAGAAAAAUUAGACCAACAAAGACUUGUUUUACCGGAAAUACCACCUUUGCCACAAUUUCCAUCUAAGAUAAAUUUGGAUCGAGAUUGUUAUGUUGCCCAUAAAAUGGCCGCCAUUUCUUGUCUGAUAGAACGCUAUGUGGCAUCAUGUAUCACACAACAAGAUAUAAUGCUGCAGUCGGAGACAUUUCUAAGAGACUUUAUUUUACGAAUAACACGAAAAAUAAAUAAUUGCAUUCCGGACAUGUGCAAAGUAUUAAUGGAACAUAAAUCCCGGCAGGACUUGUUUUACAACUGUUAUGAAUCCAUGUGGACAAACUAUGAUGUAAUUCUCAAAUCUGUGAAAAUAUCAGAUACAGAAAAUAAGCUGAAGCAUUUAUUGGACCAAUUACAAAGUGUUUAUAGUGAUAGAAAUCCUUGGACAGUGCUUAACAAGGCGGAAUCUAGGUCACAGGAAUGUAAAGUUUAUAUGGAGGUCCUCAUGCAGAAAAUUAAAGAACAGGAGGACGAGGCUAUAGCUGUGUGUGUUGGUUGUAUGGAAGAGGAUCAUUGUUUCCAGAAAGCUGAGUAUAUAAGUUCCAAGGUGUGUGAUAUACAUCACGUUUUUCUACGUCAAAAGAAGCAAAGAAUUCUACCAGAAGAAGAGAGUUUUGGACAUGAGGCGGACAGAUCAAAGCUAAUGGAUCUCUGUGUACAGAUUGUCUCCCUUUUACAAAGCCAUUGUUUAAUGAAUCUGACAAAGGUUUACAAUGUCGUUGGAAAGCAAAUAUCAUUGUUAUUAAAAAAUCUACAAAGAACAAAGAAAGUAGAACAGAAUAUAGCCUCAGUCACAGAAUGCUGUGAUAAACUCAGUAAACGUAUGGAGAAGAUGGAGAAAGAGUGCAAAGAUAUCUCUUCCAGAUUACCCCCUGUAUUACAAUCAAUGCUCCAAACAACUCACCUUGUGGUAAAUGCUAACGAAGAUAGUGGAUAUGCCACUAAAUCUAGAAGCACUAGUAGUGGAUAUGGUACUGCUCCCAGCCAAGGUCCCAUUGAAUCGGGUUAUGAAUCAAAUCCGAAGGAAGCGAAAGACCUUACAGGCUAUAUGAUCGCCAAAAGGGAGAGUACUGGUGUUCAGGAGUCCAUGGCGCCGCUGAAGAGUUUUCAAAGUAUCGCAUAUAAACUUGAGUCAGGAUUCAAAUCUUUGCAUCAGGAGAGCUUGUCACUAAGUAAAAAUUUGGAGGAAAAUAAAAAGCUCAUGGAGAAACAAGCAGAAAUGGUGGAAAAUCUUCAGCAUCUUAGAUUAGCUGGUUCUGAGGACACAGACCAGAGGCAACGUGUAGUAGGUGCUACUGCUACACGUUACAUGCAAGAUUAAUUCUUUUGAUACAGGAAACCCCAAUAUUUCCUUCCAAGAAUAGAUCUGAAAUAUAUCUGAGCGAGCUGGCCAAUGAGGAGAAGUAUUUUCUUAAAAACGUCAAAAUGAAAUGCUCAAUGCCAUGACAUGGAUGAUAAGGAUAAAAUUAAAUCUUUUAAGAUCAUAAAGAAAGGAAAGACAAGAAAAAGAAAUGAAUGCAUAAGAUAUACAUGUAUGUUUAAAGUUAGUUUAAUUGGAGUUGAAGUUAAAGGAAAAGUAAUCAUUCCGAAUGUUUUGAGUGUGUAUGGAACUUGAAAUCAGCCGGCAGUCGGACUCCAAAUUAAAGAAAUAGGAAACCCUGAAAAGUUAUAGAACAUUUUGUUAAAGCUAAAGGAGAAUAAAUGUGAACAAAAACUUCUGUGGAUAUAGAUACCAAUAUUUUGUUAAAAAGAAGACGUCGGGAAAAUAUAAAUAAAAUGGUGAAAACAAUUCAAAACAAAUGGAAGACUUAGUGUUCACGUCAGAAAGAAACACUUUAUCGUAAAUGCGCCGGGAUUUUUAAAAUCAAACUAAUAUAAAAUGUGUCUUUCUCUUAGAAAGUUAAACGAAGCAAAUGGUAAAUCGUAUAUGCAACAGUGAAUA